AAUUUACUGUUACAUCUUACAUGUAACAAAUUCGAGGGCGCGGACACUGACACACAAAGAACAUUUCUCUCACUACAGGGAAAGAGAGUUAAAAACUUGAAUUCUUUCACUGGCCAUUGUCUUCAUCUCUUCCUCAUCGUCGGCAUCACUAUCUUCUUCUCUUCCCCCAUAAUCAACGGGCAUUUUUCUUUUGGUGUCUGCUCGCAUCGAUUGCAUUGGUUUGGACGACGUUUUCACAUGCUCGUCUUUUUCAGGUUAUUCAAUUCUCAUAAAUAGAUCAUUUUCCAUCACUUUGUAGAAAACCUCAAGACUCAGAGCUGGAUUCGCUACCAGAGCCCAAGCAGUUGAAGGGUCCCCCUGCCACUGGGAACGGUCAGAUCCGGUACCGAUCGCCAUCUGCGGCUGAUCUUUUUGAAGGGCAGGGCAAUAAUUCUCCACCGUCUUACUCCGCCGAUCAGCACCUGCCCGAAUUCGAAUCUAGCAAAAUGCUCAAGCGCCCUGGUCGGCAAGAGUCUUUCUCCGAUAAGAUCUACAGGUUCCGAAGCAUUUUGUUGGUGGUCUCCGUUGCACUCCUUCUCAUCACUUUUGUACUCUACUUAAUGCCUGCAAGCUCUUCCAACGAAUUCAUUCAGGAUUAUGCUCUCACUCAUCGUAAAAUUAACCCCGACCAGAAACUCUCUAAUUCCUACGCCGUUAUCUUCGAUGCUGGUAGUUCUGGAAGCCGUGUACAUGUUUUCCAUUUUAACCACAAUUUAGAUCUCGUUCACAUUGGCCAAGAUCUUGAGCUUUUUGAGCAGAUAAAACCAGGUUUGAGUGCAUACGCUCAGAAUCCCCAGGAGGCCGCCGGUUCCCUCAUUUCCCUGUUAGACAAAGCAGAAAGUGUUGUUCCCCGGGAGUUACGUCCAAAAACUCCCGUUAAAGUCGGGGCAACGGCAGGUUUGAGGGCUUUGGAAGGAGAUGCUUCUGAUAGAAUCUUGCAAGCAGUUAGGGAUUUACUUAGGGAAAGAAGCACCCUAAAAUCUGAGGCUGAUGCAGUUACGGUACUGGAUGGAACCCAAGAAGGUGCUUAUCAAUGGGUGACUAUCAACUAUCUUCUGGGAAGCCUGGGAAAAACAUAUUCAAAGACAGUUGGAGUAGUUGAUCUUGGUGGUGGAUCUGUUCAAAUGGCAUAUGCUAUCUCAGACACUGAUGCUGUGAAGGCUCCCAAACUAGCAGAUGGGGAGGAUCCAUACAUUAGGGAGAUGUUCUUGAGGGGAAGGAAGUAUUACCUCUAUGUCCACAGUUACUUGCGUUAUGGAUUACUAGCAGCUCGUGCAGAGAUUUUAAAGGUUUCUGAAGAUUCUGACAAUCCUUGUAUCUUAUCUGGGUUUGAUGGGUUUUACAGCUAUGGAGGAAAGUCAUAUAAGGCCUCAGCCUCCCGUACUGGCGCAAGCUUGAAUGACUGUAAAAGUGUGGUUUUCAAGGCUCUCAAAGUUAAUGAGUCAACAUGCACGCAUAUGAAGUGCACUUUUGGUGGGAUAUGGAAUGGUGGAGGAGGAGAUGGUCAGAAAAAUCUUUUUGUCGCCUCAUUUUUCUUUGACCGGGCUGCUGAGGCUGGUAUUGCUGAUCCAAACUUACCUGUCGCCAAAGUUCAUCCUGUGGAUUUCGAGGAUGCAGCGAAGCGAGCUUGUGAAACGAAGCUUGAGGAUGCUAAAUCCACUUAUCCAAGCGUUGAGGAGGGGAAUCUUCCGUUCAUAUGCAUGGAUCUUGUAUAUCAGUAUACGUUGCUUGUUGAUGGAUUUGGCCUAGAUCCCUGGCAAGAGAUUACACUGGUGAAGAAAGUAAAAUAUCAGGAUUCUCUCGUUGAAGCAGCAUGGCCAUUAGGCAGUGCUAUAGAAGCCGUAUCUUCACUUUAGAUUACUUGUCCGGAAUCUUGAGGCGCAGGUUUAUUUUUCACGUAAAAGUCUAUGAGGUGAAAUGCUGCCAUUUUUGGAUGGUCAGAAAUUUCAGUCGGGCUGAACUGAGAUUGCAAUUGGCGGUGCAUCUCUGGAAUAGUUGGAAAAGAUCUAUAGCUUCAUUAAAUUUCAUUUGUACUUCACAGAUGAUCAGAUUUGCAGCUCUCGAAGACUCAUUCGAUUCAAUCAGCUCAUAUAUAUGGUCUUAGGAAUGAGGAAAUAGCAAUACCGUGUCAUUUUUGUUGGUUCAUUGAGUGGAUGGUUUUGAUUCGUGAUAAAAGUUCAUUCUUUUGUUCUUUA